AUGACCGAUGCUGAGCACGUCGAACACAGCCAGGCCGAAGACUUUGCUGAAGCAGCCGCCGCCCAGGUUGCAUACGAAAAGAGUCUCAGCUUCGUUGAAAGUGUUCGAGUUUUCUGGAGAAGCACUCUAUGGAUUUUAUACUUCCAACUCGUUGUUUUCGGUUAUGGAAUAGACGGAAUCAUCGCAGGUAACCUACUUGCAACUCCCAAGUUCCGGGAAGACUACGGGACAACACUUGUACAGGGCGACACGACCAUCUUCAUCAUUCCUGCAACUUGGCAGAGCCUGUACGGAGGCGUGUCUCAGCUUGCGGCCAUCGUCGGCGCGGCUGUGACGGGAUGGCUCGCCGACAAGAUUGGUCGACGGUACACCAACAUGACUUUUUGCGCCAUUUCUAUCAUUGGUGUAGGUGUUCAGUACGCCUCAGUCUACGACGGCUCGCUGCCCAUUUUGACGGCGGGAAAAGCCAUCAAUGGCCUAUCUAUCGGGGCAUGGUUGAUAAUCGGCCCCUUGUAUGCUUCAGAAGUCGCCCCUCUGAAGCUCAGGGGAUGGCUUACAGCCAUGACCAACUUUAUCCAAUUCUGCGGUACUCUCUUAUUCACUGGGAUCAUAUACAAAAUCGGUCCCCGUAACGACGCCAACGCUUAUAUCAUCCCAUUUGCUUGUCAAUGGAUCAUCCCGGCUAUCGUCUUUCCUACGGUUCUGCUCUGUCCCGAGUCGCCCGUCUGGCAGGUUCGCGCUGGACAUCGGGAGGCUGCCAAGUCAUCAUUGAAUCAGCUCCAUGGUUCCAACUCGGUUAUUGACAAGAAUGCCAUUCUAGCCGUUAUCGAGAACACAGUCCAGCAAGAACAUGAGCAUCGCUCCCAAGCCGAUUCGGUUUCCUACAAAUCGUGCUUCUCCAAGACUGAUAGACAGCGCACUCUUAUCAGCAUGUUCAUAUACGGCUGCCAAUACCUCAGCGGUCUGGUUUUUGUUCUCGGUUACCAGUCUUAUUACUAUCAACUGGCCGGGUUCGAUGCUCAAAUGUCGUUCUUGCUGAGCAUGUUGAACAACAUCAGCAUGUUCAUUGCCAACAUACUAUCCUGGCCCCUGCUUACCGUUAUUGGUCGUCGACCACUCAUUGUAUGGGGACAGCUCGCGUGCGCCAUCACUUUGUUCAUUGUUGGUGGAGCUUCUGUUCCAGGAAGCCGGUCGACAAACCUUGUCACUAUCGCUUUCAUGUUUGUCUGGGGCUUUGUUUAUCAAAUAACAUUAGGAACAGUCGCUUGGACAGUGGUGGCGGAAAUCCCGACGUGGCGUCUUCGGUCGCGAACCCAAGGCCUUUCCAACAUUGUCCUCUGCACCGUCCAGUGGCUGGUGGGUUUUGUUUUCCCAUACAUGUUCAAUCCAGAUGCAGGUCGCGUUGCCAUCAUAACCGGUGCAGGAGGCGGCCUUGGAAGAGAGUACGCUCUUCUACUUGCGUCAUAUGGUGCCCGAGUAGUCGUGAAUGACUACGGUGGCUCCUUGGACGGUCAACGCGGAACGAUCUCUCGCGCGCAAACCGUCGUUGAUGAGAUAAAAGCAAAGGGAGGAGAAGCAAUCGCAGAUGGCCACGACAUCUCUUCACAAUCCGAAGUACAACAACUCGUGCAGGACGCCAUCGCCGCCUAUGGAACGAUCCAUAUCCUUAUCAACAACGCCGGGACUGCUGGAAAGGCCAGUUCACACGACAAUGUGAACGUCGAGUCGUUCCGUCGAACAUGGGAGAUUGCCGCAUUAGGGACCAUUAUGCUUAUUAGUGCGGUAUAUCCCACCAUGGAGAAGCAAGGCUACGGAAGGAUCAUCAAUACCUCAUCUGACAGUCUCGUGGGCAUGGGAGCCGGCGGCGACGGUGGUUAUGUGUCAAGCAAGGGCGCCACAUUCGGUCUGACUCGAGAUCUCGGGCGAAUGAGUCCCAAGCAUGGCAUCAAGAUCAACGGAAUCCUGCCCUCCGCAGCAUCUCGCAUGUCUGACUUGUCGCCUGUCAUUAAGCGGAUCACGAGGGAAUACUUCCAACCUCAUCUCGUGGCAGACUUUGUCGUGGCAUUAUGCAGCGAGGAAUGUCCUGUGUCUGGAGAACUUUUCAGUGUUGGCGGCGGCAGGGCGGCAAGAACAACAUUGGCCACAGUACCAGGCCAUUGCCAUGAGACGGCUCCAGAGGGCUAUUUGGCUCAUUUUGAUACGGUUUUCGGUACCUCGGAUGAGCUGUUCGUGCCGAAAGAUACCCUGGAUUUAGUUUCUUACGCGAUCAAACAGGCGACAGGAACAGACGUAGGCCGCAUCAGCUUAGAUGACUAG